ACGCCUGGUCAAUCCUCACAACAGCCACAGCCUUGCCAAUCCUUACUGGAGCCCCGGUUUUGCCCAUUCCAAAAGAAUACCCUGCCUUGCCAACCACAACAGCCCCAGCCUGGUCAAUCCUUACAGGAACCCCAGCCUGUCCAAUCCACACAGCAGCCACAGCCUGGUCAAUCCUCACAAGAGCCAGAGCCUGGUCAAUCCUCACAGCAGCCCCAGCCUGGUCAAUCCUCACAGCAGCCUCAGCCUGGUCAAUCCUCACAACAGCCCCAGCCUGGUCAAUCCUCACAACAGCCACAGCAUGGCUCGUCCUCACAGCAGCCCCAGCGUGGUCAAUCCUCAAAACAGCCAACACCUGGUCAAUCCUCACACUCCACCAUUUUUCAUCUGAUUUCAAUUCCGCUUGCUUUAUGUGAUAGCACUAGGUGAUGGCUACAAUACUUCUUCACAGAAUUUUGACCUUUGACCUUGAUUUUUUACCUAUAUUGUUAAUUGGCUACAAAAUGCUACUCCUUCGCCUUUUUCAUCCGAUUUCGAUUCCGUUUCCUUUAUGUGAUAGCACUAGGUGAGGACUACAAAACUUGUUCACAGAAUUUUGACUUUUGACCCCUUUGACCUAUAUUGUACAUUGGCUACAAAAUGCUACUCCUUCGCCCUUUUUUACCCGAUUUCGAUUCCGUUUGCCUUAUGUGAUACCACUGAUCGUGAUAUAAUGGGAAUCUUACAUUAUAGGC